AUGUGUUUUUCAUCCAGUGACCGCGAUCAUGCACCGCCACCCCGAAAAUCUAAGAUAUAUAACCAAAAGCCCACCCAUGGUUAUCCAAAGAAAAAAUACAAGAAUCAUGGUGACUUUUUUGAUGGUCAAGACUAUGGAGGACAGAGCAACGACUCCUCCUGGGCCGGACACCAUGGACACCAUGGACAUCAUGGUCACCAUGGUGAUAGUGGCGGCGGGUUUUGGGGCGGUGGUGACGGUGGCGGCGGAGGAGGAUGCGGAGGAGGAGGUGGAGGAGAUGGAGGCGGCGGCGGCGGCGGAGGCUGUUGA